AUGUCAACUCCUAAAAAAACGGCCAGAUGUCACUCUUCAUCACAAUCUUCUUCGCAAGCAUCUGAAAUUGAGGUUGAAAAGAUCAAAUCAAUGUUAGAAAGAUAUGAGAGGAUUCAAGUUCCAAAAUCAUAUGUGAAAUGUAUAGAACCAGAAAAAACAGAACAAACCAUAGAAAUUAUCAAUGAUGAUAAUGUUGACGCUGAUUUAUUAUUAGCCGUUGGCGAAGAACUUAAUAAGAUUAAAGAAGAUUUUAGUUUAUUAAUUGACAUUAAUAACACUUUUAGCAAGGAAAACGAAAAACUGAAGAGAAGAAUUCAUUUAAAUGAAAGCGACGACGAAUUUAGACAAAAAAGUGGAAAUAAAAAAAGAAACAAGGAGAAAAAAAUUGCUAGUGGUAGUGACAAUGACAAAUCAGAUGAUACGACGAGAAUUGAAACCGAGGAACUAAUAGAAAAAGACGAGAAAAGCGUUAGGUUAAAGGAUUUACUCCAAAAUACACUCGAUGGUCAUUCAAAGAAAACUCAAACAGCACAACUACAGCGCUCACGCCAUUAUGACGAUGAUCUACAAAGUCAUGACUAUUCACAUCCUACAAAAGCUCCUAGAUGGACUUAUGUUACCAGACAAAAUAUGAUUUACGACACAGAAGUCAAAGAAAAAACCGGUGAAGAAGAUAAUAAUAAUUCAGAUGAUUACGACGAAGUAGAAGUAGUUAGUAGUAAAAAUGCGGGAAAUGUUGCAAGUCAAAAUACUAACUAA